AUGGCAAGCACUACGAACCCCUCCGAAUUCGACAGCAGUCGGGCCUAUAUCCGUCGCAAAUUCGACGGUACGCCGUGGUUUGAUGACGGGCGCGAAAUUCAGCUGCUGCACUACGUGUACAACCAGCCCAACCUGGAUGAGAUCCGGGGCAAUCCACGCAAAGUGCUGGAUGUCAUCGACGAGUAUGCCAGGACGAAGGGCUAUCUCAUGAAUGUCGGCCCUUACAAGGGCAAGAUCGUCACCGACCUGAUCGCCGAGGUCAAGCCCGAAACCAUGGUGGAAUUGGGGGGCUACGUGGGCUAUUCGGCGAUCCUGUUUGGAAAUGCCGUCCGUGAAGCUGGCGGGAAGAGAUACUUCAGCCUGGAAAGAAACCCUGAAUUUGGCGCCGUGGCCACCAUGCUCGUCGACCUGGCUGGACUCCGGGACGUCGUCCGCGUCGUCAUCGGACGGAGUGAUCUGUCCCUGCAGCGGCUCUACAACGAGGGCCAGCUGACGCACAUCGACCUCCUGUUCCUCGACCACUACAAGCCGGCUUAUAUGACGGAUCUGAAGCUGUGCGAGCACUUUGGGCUGGUCACGCCCGGGACCGUGCUGGCGGCCGACAACGUGCUCUUCCCUGGUAAUCCGCCCUACCUCGAAUACGUGCGCAGCAGCGUUGAGCAGAAGCGCGCGGCGGCCAAGGAGGGCGCGGGCAAGGGAUACAACUUCGAGGGCAUCUUGGAACGCUCCAAAACGCAGUACAGCCACCGGGUUGGCGAGGAGAAGCCGGCUCUCGACGUGGUUGGCAAUCCGAAUCUGGUGUACGAGAGCCGGCUGGUCGAGAGCUUCGAACCCAGCGGGGAAAAGGCAAGUGUUUGUUCACUCGACCAUGGGCGCGCAAUCAGCUGGCUAAUCCAUUGUGCAGGACGGGGUCGAGAUCACGAAAUGCGUGGCCGUGGCCCAGGAAACCUGAUUCCGUGGUCCGGAUUACGAGUUCCUUGGCCGGGUGGCAGAUGGAGAAGUUGCGAACAUUAG